AUGCGGGUUCGUGAUGAUGACGGCAACCUAAAGGUGUUAGCUCUAUUUGCAAAAUGUACCAAGUGCAGAUGUAGCGGUUUCCGUCCCGUACUAAACUACGAUCAAACUGUGGAAGAUGGCGGAUUGUUUUUGGCUAAGUCACAUGCAGCCAAUUCUGUGAAACCCACCAAAUAUGAACAAGAAAAGCUGAUUCAGCUUGCGAAUGACACACAUGGCUUGCAUAAUCGGAUGGCAACACAGAGGAUGAGCUACACAAAUAUUCAACAUAAUCUUGAUUGUGCGUCUAAGCUGUUAACGAUUAUAAACACAUGGAAGAUUCCCACUCCUACAGUGUAUCUUGAUGCAGGUACACCUAGGUUUUUUCCAUCUUUCCAUUCGUUCGAUAACUUUUAUAACAAGAAUUCAGUCCCAAAAGCCGAUCGUAUUCAAUAUCGUUUGUUCUACACCAGAUGGAUGUACUUUGUCAUUUUGCAGCAGCAAUUCAAGUCCUUCAAACAAUAUGAGGCAGUGGAGAUUUUCGGUCAUAAAGGCCUACAAUUUUUCUUGAAUUUCGCCCUCAGUUCACAGGGUGCUGGCCUUCAGUCCGAAACUUCUCUAUCAACCGAUCUGUUUCUCAGGGCUAUUGUGAAGACUGUGAAUGAUGCUCAAAGCGGAUCCGAUACUGACCCAUGUGAUGCAAUAAACCUAGACGUUUGCCGAGGAGAGACUGCAAGGAUCGAGGAGAAGAAUGGGAUAAUUGAGCAAGUUUCAAUUCUUGGAGUUGUCCUGUACUGCAGAUUCAAAGUUAUUGGAAAUUCGUUGAAACCCUUCCAAGAUCGUGAAACAACAGUGUCACUAUUACAACUACAAAGUCUAUUUUCUGUCCAACUACCAAAAAUGCCAAAAGAGUACAUAACCCGUUUAGUCUUCGACGACAGGCAUAGAAACAUGGUGUUACUCAAAAAAGGCAAAGGAGUUAUCGGUGGGAUAUGUUUUCGUCCGUUCCCGACCCAAGGCUUCAUAGAAAUAGUUUUCUGUGCAAUCACCGCGAACGAACAGGUGAAAGGUUACGGUACGCAUCUAAUGAACCAUCUGAAGGUCUAUCAAGUGAAGUGUGGAAACUAUCAUUUACUAACUUUUGCAGACGAAUUUGCCAUCGGAUAUUUCAGUAAACAAGGAUUUUCGGAGAAAGUUGAAAUGCCUAAGAAGUUAUAUCAAGGUUAUAUUAAAGAAUAUGAAGGUGCUACGUUAAUGGGUUGCCAACUUCAUCCCCAAAUGCGUUAUACUGAAUUCUCAUCUUAUAUGAAGUGUGUCCGUGAUUUGCAUCAAGCAAUGAGCGAAGUUAAGUAUCCCAAUAAGACGCGUAAGUACGGUGGGAUAGAGCAUAUUUUCCGUUAUCACGGUGGUAAUGGUCUACGAUUCAAAGACAUUCCUGGACUCGAGAGUUACAAUGACGAUGACAGUCCUGCAAAGGAUGAUGAUUUGGAAAGCAAGAUAAAGCUCAUUCUAAAGAAGCUCAACGCUGAUAAGUGCAGUUGCCCAUUUGUUGCGCCAGUUGAUGGAGAAAUGAGAAGUUAUUUCUUGCUCCCGCUGUAUAACUUGCUUUACGGUCUUCGGAAUACUUCAAUAGUUAAAGUGAUUCCUUCUGUUCAGGUUCCCGAGUACUAUGACUAUAUCGAAUACCCAAUUGAUCUCAAAACAAUGGGUGACCGCCUUCGAGCGAAGUACUAUGUUCACGUAAGAGUUUUCUCUCCUAUACAGCUUUCACUACGAAGUUGCACUACCUCUUUACAGCAGCACUUAUUUAUUGCUGACCUAUGCCGCAUGUUUGCCAAUUGUUACAGCUUCAACGGGGUGGAUACAGAGUAUUAUCGAUGCGGGUAUCGACUGAAUAAACUUGCUCUGGAAUUGGUAACAAAACAUUUCCCAUCAUCUCCCCUUCGUCCCACACUACCGGAGUUAAAACCCCUUCAUGAUGAACAUUGA